AUGAAGUAAGUGUCAUGGUAUUUUUUUAUGGGAGGCUUUUCUUUGGCUGCAGUAGUUUUUUCAGAUCGUUUAUACGGACUCUGGUGUGGUCAUCACUACCCUUGUUGGUAUUGUACACAUUAGCUCCUCUUUUGGUUUUCCUCUUCCCCCAUUUUAUGCAACAUUUAUUUUUUCUCAACUUUGGUGAGUUUUUUUUUUAUUUUUUACGCACACCUGUAAGUAUGAUAUGAUGUGUAUUUUUUAGUGAAAUUUCCAUGGAGGGAAUACCACAACUUAACAGAACAUGGAGUGGAUUCUGUUGGUUUAAACUUUUAUAUUGAUGGCCAGGCAUUGGAAGAUGGAUAUAGACCUCGAUUGGGACUCUGGCAUGUUCUUCCUUACGGUUUGAAGCCCGAGAAUGGGAAUGUGAAUCAACAAACGAUGGAGAAAAUCCUAAAAGAAGAUAAUCGACCAGUGGUCGUCUACUUGCAUGGGAACUCCUUCGACCGGACGACGCGUCACAGAAUCGAAUUGUACAAGAUUUUAUCCAAAAUGGGAUUCCACGUCUUCGCGCUUGAUUACCGAGGUUAUGGGGAUUCCACCGGAAGACCCACGGAAGAUGGAAUUGUUGCCGACUCACGGUGUGUGUUUGACUACGUAAGAGAGUUGAUCCCAGAUCGACCUUUGCUAGUCUGGGGUCAUUCCAUGGGCACCGGAGUAGCAACUCGAUUGGUUUCUGAACUCUCUCAGGAAGACAAGAACCCGACUGCUCUCGUUUUGGAAUCCCCCUUCAACAACCUCAGGGACGUCAUCAACAAUCAUCCAUUCAGUGCGCCCUUCCGUUUCCUGCCUUGGUUCGAUCAUCUUGUCAUCCAGCCGUUGAUUGAAUCCGGGCUGAUCAUGCAAUCGGAUCAACGAAUCAAGAAGAUUACCUGCCCAAUUCUGGUCUUUCAUGCGGCCGAUGAUCAUAUCAUUCCGAUAAAACUGGGGAAGAAGCUGGUCGAGUCGGCAGAGAAAGCGGGAAGGAAUAUCCGACUUGUUGAAUUUGAACCCUCCAGGGCAUUCUUUCACAAAUACAUUCACCGAGCUGCCGAAGUUCCCGACAUAGUAAUGUAAUUGGUUUUGGACUUGUAUAGUAAUGCCUUUUUUUGCAAACUUCAUUUAUUUUCAGGGAAUUCUUUGAGAUGAGCAAAUCUCAGCAGACCAAGAAGUCUCCUUAA